CGGUGCUGUGCCUCCGCUGAUUUGGGAAGUUAGUGGCCGGAGGGGCAGGUCGAGUGUAAUUCUCGUCCCCUUUUCUCCCCGACCUCCUUCCCUGUCUGUUUAUCUUUUGCAGCCUCCCUUCCCCACGCCGGGCCGCCUCUGCAACUCACAAAUUCAACAUUAUCAGAAUGCCUGUUUCAUUUGUUAAAGCAAACUGAAGUUAGCCAACGCGGAACUCUGGGAGGGGCCCCAUUUCCAAAACUGAAGUACCCUUAGAAAAAGAGACCCUCAGAAGAGUCUUCUCUUAAGAAGAUAAAGAAGGUAGUGGAAACGAGCCUCCUGAGCUUUUCAGGCCAUAAAUGGCUGAAGAAACAAGAAAGCCUUCAGCCCCAUCCUCACCAAACCAGACGCCUGAAGAGGAUCUUGUAAUCGUCAAGGUAGAGGAGGAUCAUGGUUGGGACCAGGAAUCUAGUCUGCAUGAAAAUAACCCUCCUGGCCACGAACUGUUCCGCCUGCGCUUCAGGCAGUUAUGCUAUCAGGAGACACUAGGACCCCGAGAAGCUCUGAUCCAACUACGGGCACUUUGCCAUCAGUGGCUGAGGCCAGAUUUGAACACCAAGGAGCAGAUCCUGGAGCUGCUGGUGCUGGAGCAGUUCUUAACCAUCCUACCUGAGGAGCUCCAGACUCUGGUUAAGGAACAUCAGCUAGAGAACGGAGAGGAGGUGGUGACCCUAUUAGAGGAUUUGGAAAGGCAGAUCGAUAUACUAGGACGACCAGUGUCAGCUCGUGUACGUGGACAUAGGGUACUCUGGGAGGAGGUAGUACAUUCAGAAUCUGCACCAGAGCCUCCAAGUACUCAGCUCCAAUCUGAGGCAACCCAGCAUAAAUCUCCAAUGUCCCAAGGGUCACAAGAGAGAGCCAUGUCUACUUCUCAGAGUCCUACUUCUUCCCAGAAAGGAAGUUCUGGAAACCAGGAGAUGACAGCUACACUUCUCACAGCAGGAUUCCAGACUUUGGAGAAGAUUGAAGAUAUGGCUGUGUCCCUUAUUCGAGAGGAGUGGCUUCUUGAUCCAUCACAGAAGGAUCUGAGUAGAGAUAACAGGCCGGAAAAUUUCAGAAACAUGUUCUCCCUGGGUGGUGAGACCAGGAGUGAGAACAGGGAAUUGGCUUCAAAACAGGUAAUAUCUACUGGAAUCCAACCACAUGGAGAGACAGCUGCCAAAUGCAACGGGGAUGUUAUCGGGGGUCUUGAGCAUGGAGAAGCCCGAGACCUUCUGGGCAGAUUAGAGAGGCAGCGGGGAAAUCCCACACAAGAGAGACGACACAAAUGUGAUGAAUGUGGGAAAAGCUUUGCUCAGAGCUCGGGCCUUGUUCGCCACUGGAGAAUCCACACUGGGGAGAAGCCCUAUCAGUGUAAUGUGUGUGGUAAAGCCUUCAGUUACAGGUCAGCCCUUCUUUCACAUCAGGAUAUCCAUAACAAAGUAAAACGCUAUCACUGUAAGGAGUGUGGUAAAGCCUUCAGUCAGAACACAGGCCUGAUUCUGCACCAGAGAAUUCACACUGGGGAGAAGCCGUAUCAGUGCAAUCAGUGUGGGAAGGCUUUCAGUCAGAGUGCAGGCCUUAUUCUGCACCAGAGAAUCCACAGUGGGGAGAGACCCUAUGAAUGUAAUGAGUGUGGGAAAGCUUUCAGUCAUAGCUCACACCUCAUUGGACAUCAGAGAAUCCACACUGGGGAGAAGCCCUAUGAGUGUGAUGAGUGUGGGAAAACCUUCAGGCGGAGUUCACAUCUUAUUGGUCAUCAGAGGAGCCACACUGGGGAGAAACCCUACAAAUGCAAUGAGUGUGGGAGGGCCUUCAGUCAGAAGUCAGGCCUUAUUGAACAUCAGAGAAUCCACACUGGAGAAAGACCCUAUAAAUGUAAAGAAUGUGGGAAAGCUUUCAAUGGGAACACUGGUCUCAUUCAACACCUGAGAAUUCACACAGGGGAGAAGCCCUACCAAUGUAAUGAGUGUGGGAAAGCCUUUAUUCAGAGGUCAAGUCUCAUUCGACAUCAGAGAAUUCACAGUGGUGAAAAAUCUGAAUCUGUAGGAGUUUAGGAACAGCUUCAGUUAUAGUUUGAGCAUUAUUCAGCAUUAGAGAAACCACACAGUGGUGAGAGGUCUUUCAGUGUACUAAAAGGCAGAAAGGUCAUUGCAACUUUAGUGCCAGAAUCUAUAGUGGUGGCAAAGUUAGAAUAGCUUUUUAGUAAUUUGGGCCCAGUGCCUUCAUGAUUGAUUAGCUUGACUGUCUUUGAAAGUAUCUGAUGGAGCUCCUGAUGGUCUAAUGUAUCCUUUAGAAAUUUAAAAUAGCAUUAGAGCAAGUUGCUUGUCAUGGCUUGAGGCACUUAAUUUUGUCUUUUGGGUGAGUAGCUAUAGGAUUGAGAGAGGCUGCUACUCCUAGUUCCUCUGCUUAUUCCUAUCUCCUGUGAUCCCCCUCCCAUUUAUUCCCUUGAAGGUGCCCUUGUAUUCCUAAUCUGAUCUAAGAAGCUGCUCUAGAGUCAGAAGUAGCUUCUGUAUGAAACUUAUAUUUGUAUGUAGCUUUCUAGAAAAAUUUUUACAGACACUUAAUGUAUUUAUGCUUAAGUGUGCAUUUUUUUAUUCUAAAUUCCCUCUAGUCAGUGGGAAUUUGUAUUCCCAUACAAACUCAGAAUGCUAUAUUUUUUAACAGCACUCAUUUUUCUUCAUAUAUGACCUUCACUGACUCCAUUGAGUCACUGACCAUUCAUACAUAUCCUUCACCACCCCCAGUCCCAGUACCUGUGUCAGCAUCGGAAGUGGGCACACUAGUGACGGUUAUGGGAGUUAAUACAGAGAAAGAAGUGAGUGGAAACUCAGCCCAGAUGUUCUUGAGCCUGAAUAGUUACACACUUUGGUGACUUACGACUCUCCUUCCACCUCCCCACUGUACACUGUGGUACAAAUAGAUGUUUGCACUAACCUAGUUAUGGCAUCAGAUAGGAGAUGGAGACAGAGGUGCUUUAGGAAGACAAAACUCCUUAUAAAGAAUGUAUACUCAUCCUUUUUGGCCCAUUACAGUACUGCUUUCUCAGGUUCUUAUCAGCCUGUGCAAACUCCCUGACAAGAUAGUCUGUCACUCCUGUCAUUACCUUGUACCCACCUCUUUAGAUGGCCUCAGCACCUCACUCAUUAUUCUCCAUCUGUUUCUUGCCAUUAGUUUAUAUGACUUUAAUAUCCACAGUGAUAAUCUAAUACCUUACCUUACAGUUUUUCAUUCUUUUGAAAUCUGGUGCACUCCAUCUGUAAUCCAUGUCUGUAAUCUACCAACAAAGAUAUACUAUUAAACUCACUAUCAUCAGGUACUAUAUUUCGUCUUUGAGGCUUUCACUAUACCAAGGAAUACUGUAUAAAGUAAUGAGGCUUGUUUAAAGUAACAUGCCAGAACUUACGCAUCCAGUGUGGGUUAUCACUUAUUAUUCCCAAGUACUGUUAUACCAAUAGUACUACUAUAUGCUUCCAGAUAUUUGGAACACUCUUAGAAUUCCCAUUUAAUAAACAAUAUGAGAAAACCCUCUGUUACACUUCAUUUUAAUCAUUUGAGUAGCCAGUUAUUUACCAGAGUUGGAAUUGAGUAAUUUUUGGCUUACCAAAAUUUACCUUCAAACUUAAAAUUGAUUCCAUUAAACCUAUUCGGAAGAAAAUUAUAUAGGUUUUGGUGAAAAGUUCAUGAUUUCACCCUGUGACUGUCCUGAAAAGGAAUAACAGUUAAUCAUAUAAUUUUUUAUUGAUAGAUCAAAAAAAGCAAUCAAAAUCUUUCCUCAUAGAGGACCACCUUUUGAAUCAUAAAUUCUUUCCCUAUAACUUUCCUUCUCUGCCUCCCUAAAGCCUUGAUCACCAACAACAUCAUAGUUAAUCUACAUCAAUUUCAUUAAGCAGUUGGUGAAUGAAGGCACCCAUCAUUUGUCACAUUGGUUUUCAACAGUCCUUUUCAUUAUCAUUUAUUUUCUUAUCCUCCCUUCUUUUGUUUCUUACUUUGAUUUAUAAGUUGCCAUUCCUAAUUUCUUUGUACUUGAAAUUUCAAGAAACCAAAAACAAGUAAAUCUGGUUGUAUCUAGACCUUCACUCUCUGUUUUCAGUUGUGCCUUACCCUUGGUAAGAUACUGAUUCUUCCUGGUGCCAGUACUACCUUGUAAGCAAAUCCUAAGUAUGAUCGGUACAUUGUCAGAAGGAAAAUGUGUGUGUGUGCACAUGUGUAUGUACACACACACCUGCUGUAC